AUGCAAUAUGGGCGGAUAUGCAACAUGGCAGACACUACUCACCCGGGGGAAGCGAGCAGACCCCCAGCAGGAAGACCCAGCAGCAGGAUGGCGGAGACAGCGAAGCGACCGACGAAGAAACAGCUCAAGACGAGCGCAUUCAGGAGCAAGAAGAAGAUCAAGGAGCUCCUCGAGGAGAAGAGCCAGGCACUCCCCGAGCAGGACGAGGAGGACAACCAGCCAGAAGAGAACACCAAAGCAUCCAAGAAACGCAAACGAGAGAAAACACAGCCGGAGGAAGAGGAGAACGAGGAUGAAAAACCCAAGCCCGAAACGAUCGUCACGACGGCAUCCAAGCGGAGGAAGCGGAAGAACGCAGCCAAGCUGAAAGAGAAGGAAGAGAUCCAGAAACGGAAGAGCUCGAAACUGAUCCUGUUUGUCGGCAACCUGCCCUUCGACAUCUCCGUCGAGCGGCUCAAGAGCUUCUUCUCAGAACAUUGUGGGGAAGAGCCGUCGGUGAGGCUGAUGACUCCGAAAACGAGCCAGUCCACGGACGGCAAGCCGCCAGCGACGAAAGGCUGUGGGUUCAUCGAGUUCGAGAGCUCGGCGGCCCUGCAGAAGGCGCUCCGGCUGCACCACACCCCGCUGAGUGCGGAGACCGGCGGGCCGGCGAACUCGAGGGAGAACGUGGAGAAGAAGGCCCGGAAGAUCAACAUCGAGCUGACGGCCGGCGGCGGCGGGAGCUCGGAGAACAGGCGGCUCAAGAUCCGGAACUCCCUCCAAAGACUCGCCAAGCAGAGAGACAAAAUCCUCGAGAAACGCAUCAAAUCUUCCUCCCUCGAGAAAGCCAACUCCGGCCAGCGCACGGCCGACCCCCAGUUCGACGUCUCCAUCAAGCGCGGCAGCCGCCCGAAUCCGCUCAAGAAAUCCACUCGGCAAGCUACCGCCCGGUUCAAACCCCACUCCAGUGGCGCCAAUGCCAUCAAGCUGGGGUAA